GCUCAGCUGCGUGGCCGAAGCAUCCUCCAAGAGCCCAAGACCUCUCUAGGUUCCUGUGUUUAUUUGUCGACGGGACCGCUGCAUGGCAAUAAAACAACUGCGGUUCACCUCGACUCUCAUAUGCGGUCUCCAAAACCAAGGCGUCGGUGCAUUUGUCCUACCAAGUGCCAUGGCUAGAAAGACGGACAUCCCCUCUUACUAUGGUGAGCCGCGCAAGUUUGACCCAAACUUCAGAGGGCCAGUUCAUAAAAGGAGCUGCACUGAUGUGGUUUGCUGUGUUAUCUUCAUCAUUGUCAUCCUUGGUUACAUCGCUCUGGGUACCGUGGCCUGGAUCCAUGGCGACCCCAGGAAGGUCGUGUAUCCAACCGACAGCCACGGCCAAUUCUGUGGCCAGCAGAACACCCCCAAUGCAAACAAAGCCAUAUUGUUCUACUUCAACAUGUUGAAAUGUGCCAAUCCUACAGUUUUAAUUAACCUCCAGUGCCCUACAACCCAGCUCUGUGUCUCCAAGUGCCCUGACAGAUUUGCCACUCUCCUGGAUGCGUUGGAUACCAACAACUGGGAAUAUUACAAGCAGUUCUGCAAACCAGGCUUUGAGAUUGGCAGUAAGUCAGUUGCAGAAGUCAUACGAGAUGAAGACUGCCCGUCUAUGAUCGUGCCAAGCAGACCUUUCCUCCAGCGGUGCUUCCCAGAUUUCAUAACAAGAAAUGGAAUUUUAACUGUAGCCAAUGAGACCAUCUUCAAAGACGGCGACAAUAACAAGAGAAGUGUCAGCGACCUCAAAGAUGCUGCCAAGGCUGCCAGCCUUGUACCCAGAGAGUUGUGGACAGAUAUUAUGGGAGGUAUUGCCAAUCUGCUGAAUGCAAAAGAAGUUGGCAUGAAGAUCUUUGAAGAUUAUGCAAAUUCCUGGGACUGGAUCCUCAUUGGUCUGGUGAUAACCAUGGUGGUCAGUCUGCUCUUCAUCCUGCUGCUGCGCUACACUGCUGGCGUGCUCCUGUGGCUCAUCAUCAUUGGUGUCAUCUCUGUGGUCGGCUACGGUAUCUUUCACUGCUACUGGGAGUACAGUUCUCUGAGCGGGAAGCCAGGCGCCAACGCCACCAUUUCUAAUAUCGGUUUCCACACAGACUUCAGCAUUUACCUUGAGCUCAGCCAAACGUGGCUCAUCUUCAUGAUCUCACUUUCUGUGAUUGAGGCCAUCAUUGUGAUCAUUCUGAUAUUUCUGAGGAUGAGGCUGCGCAUCGCUGUUGCAUUACUGAAGGAGGGAAGCAAGGCCAUCAGCUACAUCAUGUCCACUCUCUUCUUCCCUAUCAUCACCUUUUUCCUUCUGGCCAUCUGCCUCGCUUACUGGGCCGUCACAGCGGUCUUCUUAGCAUCUUCUGGUAACGCGGUCUACAAGGUCACACCUACUGACGAUAAAUGCAUGUAUGCCAACCUCACAUGCAAUCCACAGACCUUCCAUCAGACCAAUAUCACCACAGUGUGCCCCGGGUCACAAUGCCUGUUUGCCUUCUAUGGUGGGGAGAGCGCAUACCACCGCUAUAUCUUAGUCCUCCAUCUGUGUAACGUGUUCGUGUUCCUCUGGCUGGUCAACUUUACCGUGGCGCUGGGCCAAUGCACCCUGGCCGGGGCCUUUGCAUCCUACUACUGGGCCCUGAAGAAGCCAAACGACAUCCCUGUCUGCCCCCUGUACUCCUCUUUUAGCAGAGCCAUACGUUACCACACAGGUUCUCUUGCCUUUGGUUCUCUGAUCCUUGCUGUGGUGCAGAUGGUCCGAAUUGUUCUCGAGUACCUGCAUCACAAACUGAAAGGUUCUCAGAAUGUAUGCGCUCGAUUCCUGCUUUGCUGCCUCAAAUGCUGCUUCUGGUGCCUGGAACAUUUCAUCAAGUUUAUAAACAGAAAUGCAUACAUUAUGAUAGCAAUAUAUGGGAAGAACUUCUGCACGUCCUCCAAGGAUGCUUUCUUCCUGUUGAUGAGGAAUGUUCUUCGUGUGGCUGUCCUGGACAAGGUGACAGACUUUCUGCUCUUCUUGGGAAAACUGCUUAUUUCAGGAAGUGUCGGUGUUCUUGCAUUUUUCUUCUUUGCACGUAAAAUACCGGCCAUUCAAGCGGAGGUGCCGUCCUUAAAUUACUACUGGGUCCCCCUUCUGACGGUGGUAUUGGGAUCCUACAUGAUUGCACAUGGCUUUUUUAACGUCUAUGCCGUGUGUGUGGACACGUUGUUCCUGUGCUUUUUGUGGGAUCUGGAGGCAAAUGACGGCUCUCCUGGCCGGCCCUUCUACAUGAACAGAACCUUGCGGAAAAUCCUCAACAAGAAGAACGUCAAGACGGCGGACGGGGAAUAGAGAGAAGACCAAAGGUGGCGGAAGGUCAAAGACUGAAGAUCAUUCACCAAAGCAUGGUACAAGCCCAUGUGGCCAUAAGCAUUUUGCCAAAUAUAGUUUAAGUGUACACAAGUUGUAACUGUACACUAUAAUGGACAAACUGUAGAUGAGUAACUUUAAUAAUUAGAUUCACCCAUGUGCUAAUUUUUUAUAGUCUUGAUGGUUCUUUGGUAUUUAUGUCUAAAAGGUUCAGUUUGUGUGUUAAAAAAAAAAAGUCUUUGUAUUGGAGGUGUAAGUCACACCAUCAUAUUAAUUUUUUAUAUUUUUUUAAAUGUUACAGUUGUAACUGAAAUAUUUUUGUAUAUGUUUUACAGCCACAGUCGUCAACAGGUUCCUAUCGGAACAGGUGAUUUCUUUCUUGAGACUGUGGUAAACAUCAGCUGUUUUUUGUUCUUAAUCUCUUGUAGUAGCUGGUUUUCACCACUUGGUGUCGCCAGUCAUUAACAGAUGUCUUGUACUGUUGCUGAGGCGUAACUGCUCAGAUGAUUUAACUAUUUUUCCAUGAAAUGGUCAAACGUCGACUGUGUAUUGUGUUAUCACAGUUUUUGACCUCAUAUUGUCUCACAUUGAGAAACCUAUGUGCCACAGUGUCCACUGUCUUUAAGUGCCUUUUUCUUAAAAUUGCCACAGUGAGUAUUUAAUUGCAUUGUGCAGCUACAGAGCUUACAUUUGAAGAUGCUUUUCAGAAAUCUUUACAAGAACUUGUUAAAGGGAUAGUCAGCAGCCAGUGCUCAAGGUUCUUGUCUUUUCCAAGUGUUAGAGAUAGGAAUAUAAGGUGAAGCAGAACGUUGUCACUAAACCUUAGAGUCACAGGUUUAUUCUCAGCAGCAACCUAUGUGUCCAGCCGAAAAGAAACACAGACCCUCUAUCUGUUACACACGGUGCUGUCUUUUUUAAUGUUUAACCUGCGGCUGAUAGCGGCACAUAUAUGCGUGAAGCAUUAUAACCGUUACAAUGUGUGUAAUGUCAUGAUUGGCUGCUCAUUAAGUGAUACACCCCCAAAAUCUGUCUUGUUAUUAAAGAGCCCCCACCUGUCGAUUGUAAAAAGUGAAAAAUGAUGUCCUCAGAAACUUCUCAAGCUUACACCUGCAGUAUAAUCCACUUCUCUGCUGACCAUUUGUUUACUUCAGUGUCUAAACAGACUGGACACACAGAUGGAGAGCAGAGAAGUUUCUCUUAGCUUAAAUGAGAAGUAUAUGUCAUUAUUUUUAGACUUUUUCUGUGGCAUAAACUGCCACUGUACUCUGUGAAGGCUGAAGCUUCAACCCUACAGAUAAGAGUAUGCGCGAAUAUCACCUUAAUUCUAAAGAUUAGCAAACUAAACAAUAUACCAACAUUUCUUGUUGGAGUUAUCUGUAAAUCUUUUUGUCACUACAGAUCCUCUUAUUGAUCCAAAGUGGGGCUGGUCCCACAUAGUAGUAGUAGUAGUAGUAGAGUUGUUAAGAUAUUAGCCAAAUAGAACUAGUAUGUAUAACCAGUAAUGUGGAAGAUGCAGGUGUGUAGUCUUGUCUGUUUAAUGGAAUAUUUGAUAAGUUGUUGAAAUCCUGUGAUGUGCAGCUGAUGUUAUACAUUAUUGUUUUUGUCCUGGAGCCAGAAUCCAGGAAAUGCUUGAAGAAUUCCUUUGAGUUAUUCACAGGUUUGGGUGUCACCAGGCUGUUGGCACAGCAGGGUGACUGAGUGACACAGCUGUUGGCAGUUUCACACACGGUGCCCUUGUGUUUUACAGACAUCAGACAUCUGGUGAGGUCUUCUUUUUCCUAAAUGUGUCCAUGCAUCACUUGGAAUGAUGCUCACCUUUUAGAUCUCUGAGAUGUGACUCAUGCUUGUGGGUCUUUGUAGCGUGUUUGUCAAACCUGAGAACCUGCCCUCAUGGUGCCUCGGAGUGACAGCACCACCAGACUUCUGCCCCCGUUGGAGCUGAACACGCCGGGACACGUACGACGUAACCAUUCAAUAAAAGCAAAACAACUCUGCUUGUGUAUCUGAAAGGAGAGAAAUGAUGCAUGUAUUGCUCAGUGUGACUUAUUAUGCAUAUAGCGAGUUAUUCCUCUUUUUAUAUAAUUCUGAAUAACUACCAUGCUCCCAGUUGUCUUUUGGAUCUAUGUGUGCAUGCAGCACGGGUUUAGCCCAUGAGGGUGAGGGAUCUGAUAAGUGAAAAAGUGUUUUUAUGUGCCUCCCCCUCCCUCCCAUGUCUAGAAAUUAGAUUCUUUUGGUCAACCACAGUCAACAAGUAGACACAAGUAAAAUGUCUCUGUUGGUUAGAAUGUGCGUCAGGUUUCUUACCGCAAACUCUUAAAAGUCUGACUCUGAAGAUGCACUGCUCUAACCUGUCGAUACACCAAACUGUUAUUUAUUGCUGCUCAUGUGUGCAGACAGCUGACACUAUAAAUCACUCAUAUUUAUUUAUACGGUAAAAGUUGCAUGUUUUUUUUAACAGAAUAUAUUGCCUGUGUGUAUGUUCAUCAUUCAAAUAUAGAUGUUACUUCUAUUUUUAUCAAUAAACGUUUUUUCUACUAUG